AUGCAGUUCACCAAGGCUCUCCUCUUCCUCUCGGCCCUCGCGCCCGUCGCGUUCGCCGCUGAGUCUGCCUCAGCCGACUGUAUCACCAAGACCAUCACUCUGGUGCCCUCCGGAUACACUGCUCCCCCGUCGUCCACCCCGACUCCCACUCCAACCUCGACCUCGACCUGGACGCCUGUCAUCACUAGCACUCCUUCCUCCAGUGCUACCCCUUCUAUGAGCCACAUUGCCAGCUCCUCUACUCCCCUGAUCAAGGCUAGCAGCACCCCCACCGGUAAGAGUGCCUCGGCUACUCCUUCAGCCCCUGCUACCGCCGGUGCUGCUUCAAUCCAUCUCUCUGGUUUCAUGGCUGCCGGUGCAGCCGCCAUCGCUGGUGUUCUCAUGAUCUAA